AUGAUCAGAAGAGCUGUUGAAGACAGACUAAAUAUCUCUACCGAUACUCGAUUCUGGUACUCAACAAAUUCAUCUCUCUCCACACCACCAUCUUCAAAUUUGUCACCACAGCUGGAAGCUGCCGGCUUGUUGAAUGUUGAUGAAGUGAACUUAAGACUAAAUAAACUCAAUUCUUCUUUAUUCAAAAAACUUGAGUCUUACCAAAAGGAUUUGGAAAGUAUGCAAAAUAGGUUAUCCUCUGGAGAAAUACUAUCCGUCGAUGAGCAAAAACAGUUUUCCAAGUUAUCCAGUAUGAUGGAAUUGUUUCAGCGGUACCAGAAAUUACAAACUAAUAUAUUUGAAUUGAAUGAAAUGAUUCAAACUGAAACAGAUCCCGAACUCAUAUCCGAGUGCCUAAAAGAAUUAAAUGACAUUUAUCCAAAUAAUAAUUGUCUCAUAGAACUCUUGCAAAAAAAAAUUUUACCAAGUGAUCCUGAUGAUGAGAAAUUUUGCUUGAUUGAAAUUAGACCGGGUGUUGGUGGGGAAGAGGCAAUGAUUUUUGCUUCAGAUUUAUUUAACAUGUAUAUUAAUUAUGCAAAAAUCAAUAAAUUACAUUAUGAGAUAUUAUCUCAAACUUUUAAUCAAUCUAAUAAUGGUUUAAUUGAAGGUAAAAUAGUCAUUAACUCCUUAAAUUCCUACGGUUUUUUAAAAUAUGAAAGUGGAGUUCAUAGAGUUCAGAGAGUGCCAAAAACAGAAAAUAAAGGCAGAGUUCACACAUCAACUGUUGCUGUUAUAGUCUUACCAAAAGAUUCAAAUAAAAAAGUUGAAAAGAAAAAAAAAAAAAUUGAAGACCCUGAGAGCACUUUCAAACCGGGAGAAGUUAGAAUAGAUGUAAUGAGAGCAAGUGGUAAAGGUGGUCAACAUGUUAAUACAACUGAUUCAGCAGUUAGACUAACACAUUUGUCUACAGGUGUAACUGUAUCAAUCCAAGAUGAAAGAUCACAGCACAAAAACAAAGCCAAAGCAUUUCGGAUAUUAAGAGAAAGAUUAGACAACAUUUCUCAAAAAGCUGAAGAAAACAAAAAUAAAAAAGAUCGGUUGAGUUUAGUGUCGACUACUGACAGAAGUGAUAAAAUCCGUACAUAUAAUUUUUCACAACACCGAAUAACGGAUCAUAGAUGUGGAUACUCUGCAUAUAAUAUUGACGAAUUUUUGAAUGGAAAUUUAUUGGACAGUUUAAGAAGUGAAAUAAAUAAAAAAGAAAUAGAAGAUAAGAUAAACCAGUUGUUAAAAGAACUUGAAGUUGAAAAUAAUAAUAAACAAAAAGAUUAA